AUGAAGGUGUUCAACUUCUUUUUGCUCAUCGCCAUCGUUGCCGCGUCGGUGUCCAGCGGCAACGCAGAACCCGAACGCGCUGACGCGAAGCCGCUGCCUAAAGAAGUCAGCGUCGAAGAGCCAUCGGUCGUGCAGGAAGUGCUUCCCCAAAAGCGUGACAUUCAGAAACGGGGACUGUUCCCCAGACGCUGGGGCUACGGCUACGGCUACCCGUAUGGAGGAUACGGCUACGGGUACUACGGCUACCCAUACGGAGGAUACGGUUAUUACGGUUACCCUUAUGGAGCAUACGGCUACGGAGGGUAUUACUGGUAA